AUGGAGAAAGAACUUGCUGGGAGCAGUACUACUACUUCAAUCUGGCAACUACCGAACCACAUCCUGGUGGAUAUCCUUUCUCGCCUUCCGAUCAAAUCUGUGAUUCAGUGCAGGUGCGUCUGCAAAUCAUUUCUCUCGGCAAUCUCUCAAGAUCCCGAUUUCCCUCCAUUGCACUUGUCCAGAUCCCCUCCCGAGCUCAUGCUAUACCAACAAAAUAUACAAUCUGAACAUCUUUAUCUCGUCGAUGACGAUGACGACAACGAGCAGCGAUAUCACCAUUUCAAUCUCGUCCACCUCAACAGAUCUCAUUCUCUCGAGCCCCUCAACUCCACCCCCGGCCUUCUAUGCUUUCACCAGCCGUUUUCCCUCAGACCCUUAGUCGUCUUGAAUCCUGUUACUCUCGAACACACUAUCAUCCCUACUCCUAUGCAUUCGAUACAUAAAUUUCAAUCUCAUACUCUGCAUUUCGGAUUCGGCUACAGUCCCCUCACUCAUAGAUACAAGGUCUUAGUCAUCGGUCACUAUAUCCAAUCAGUUGAUAGUACUACUCCUACUACUAGAACUCUUACUGCCAUUUGCACUGUCGGAGGCCUUUCUAGUUAUUGGAAGAUAAUUCAGGAUGCUCCACAGGUUUUCUCCAUCAGAUCAUCUCCUGUCUACCUCAACGGAUCUUUGCAUUGGAUAGUCACAAAUAAUUCUCAUUAUUACAUCCUUUCUUUCGACUUUGAUAACGGAAAAUACAGAGAGAUGGCCACGCCGCCUCCUUUUGACAAGGUGGAAGAGAAAAAGCUUGAUGAGCGCGUGACUACCAUUGUUGUCUUUGAAGGUUUGUUGACUGUAUGUGUCUUGAUCGAUCACAAAAGAGUAGACAUAUGGAUGAUGAAGGAGUACGGGGUUGACAAAUCAUGGUCCAAAGAGAUUGUUGUGGAAACGCCAUACCAUGUCUGGUCUUCAGGUGUAUACCCUCUCAAAUAUUUGAACAAGGAUAAAGAUUCAAUCGUACUGGCAUACAUGGGUCAUAAAACUAUAGUGACAUACCACCUAAUUGAGAAGAUGAUUAUCAACUUGAAUGUACUUCCUUUUCAAAAUGGUGGAUUAAAGCCAUUGAUGCAUGUUCCCAUCCUGCUCCCCCUCAAGGAUCUAAUCAUCGGAGCUCAUGUCCGUCGCAUAACUGAUGCAAGGCAUAAAUGGCAAAGAUGGAUGGAACUUGAAAACUAG